UACUACAUGUCAUUGCACGUGAUUUCGCAUGAGUGGUUUAUCUUGUUGAUUUGGCUCAGCAAGAUUGCAGUGUCGCAAUAACUUCCGUUUUGCCUAUGUAUAUUGGUAUAAUGUUGCGCUCAGUGUUGGCCCUGAGUAAGUGAAACCAAGGUCAACAACAUUAAAAUUAGGAUAUACGUUCCAAGUGCCUGUGCCUAGGUCCUUUGCAAAGUCAACGUGCAAGGUAAACCAAAUUUACCAGCUAAACUGCUGAUGAUGGAGAAGACAAGGGAACCCUCAGAUGUCAUGCCGGGACAGAAUCGUCAGUUUCAUUCAUGCAUAUCACAAGUUGACUCUGCAAACCCAAGUGCUACUUGCACUACCACUGCUCCGAUAAUAGAUGAACCAAAGUUUGAUUUCUCGAGCUGGAGUCCACAACCUCAUCCAGAAGUACAGGCCCUAUUUGUGCAAGCGAGAGGUUCACAGGAAUACUCGACUAAACAGUGGCUGGAAAGUGUUGGAAAACUUCGUGCCAUAGCGCGCCGCAGGAUAGAGAGAAGGAAAGCUGUGUACAGCCAAUUUGUCUCUACUCUAGAAGCUAGAAGACUUAGGAUCGCAGCAAGUGCAAAUGAUUUAGAUACAGUUAAAGAACUCGUAAACUUGCAUAAAGUUAGUCCAUCACAAGCUGACUUGAAAGGCAGAACUGCUUUACAUUUGGCAUGCAGCAAAGGUCAUACCUCAACCGUUGAGUGUCUACUAAACCAUGGCGCUGAUGUGAACUGUAAGGACAGUCUCGGGAAUACACCACUUCACCUGGCAGCCUGCACUAGCAACAUACCUGUGAUUACCUUGCUCCUCAAGGCAGGUGCAGAUGUAAAGGUUUUGGACAACAGAGGUUGCUCACCAUUGCAGAUGGUUCAGUCUCGUUUGUCCAUGCUUAGUGCAGAUAGAGUUUCCUCAUCUGAUGAGCUCAGGAAUCAGAUACAUCAGGCACUGACCAUGAUGCAAGAGUAUAUGAAGCUCCGUGGCAGCACAUGUCAGAUGGACCAGCUGUCUGAACUUUGCAAACGCCUUGCAAAUACUACAACUCGGGAACAGGUGGAUGAAGUCAGUGGUCUUCUUGCAAAGUUCACAGCUCUGAAUCUUCAAAAGUCAUGAAUCUAUAGCUUGGUCUUAGGCAUCAACUUUUUACUGUUAAAAUUUAAACUGAGUAACAACAAAGAUAUCCAGUACAUCCGCAAAAACACAUUGAAUAGUGGUCGGAUCUCUGUUGCUGCAUGUAUGGUUCAAACAUCACACGACUAUAGGCAGAGUUGGCUGUAACAGAGGUGAAGCAUAGAGGCACUGUGACUUGGAGAGUGUAUCUUUUGAGACAGCGUAUAACAAUCUCAGUCGACGCCAUUCGUAUUUGCUUACGAAAGUACAAUCAAUAAUUAUAAUAUGGCAGGUUACAUACAUGCAGUAAUGAUUCUAGAGCCAAACUCUGGUAAGGUCACAGGUAGUCACGGUCAGAAGACUCAUCAGCAGUAAAGAGGUCAGGGUCAAAGGUCAUAUAACAGUGGCUCUAACUUCAUUCUAGAUAUUUUACAGUGGAUAAGUUGACAGAUCGGGUGAGAACCUCAUUUUCAACAUUCACCAACAAUCAACAUUUUUCUUAGAGACCACAGAUUUGAGCAGAUGUGCUCUGCAGCUCUUAAUGAAUAGCUUUAACUUUGGUUUAUCUCUACAGUCACUGCAUUUAUGUUGAUGUGUAGUUUGCCACAUGUGAAUUAAUGGUUUUGAUUUCCUGACUGAUAUAAUACUUAUGCACGAUACCAAUUGUUGGAUUAACGAUGCAUGUGUGUUUCACCACUAUUUGUAAAUAAAUGUCAUUUUCACAUGUAGUUUAUAACUUUUACUGCUCUAUACAUGUAUUUACACUAUACAUUGUGACAUUUAUUAGAGCAAGAUGGAAACAUCUAUAUUAUAUACAUACAUUAAGAAUUUAGAAUAGAAAUCUUGAAGAUAUUAGAAUAAAUAUUUCAUAAUACUUUAAUAGGAUGAGAUAGCUUACUCACUAUUGCUAGCUGUAUGUAAAUAGGGAUAAAUGUAGUUUAGAACAUUGUUCAAUAUUAACUGGUUUCAUGCUUCCUGUCUUAAUCAGCAUCUGCAAGCAUUUCAAGAGACCACAAGACUCAAGGUUUCACUUAUUUACAAUUUUACUAUAUAUUUUAAUAUAGUGUACAUAUCAUGUAAAGACAGAUUCUAUGGAAAUAAAUAUCUUACAUUUGAUAAAAUGCA